CGUCAUUAUAUUUAUGAAGUCACUCUACACUCAAUGUAUAUAUUUCCUUCUUACUAGCAUGUGUUGAACAGUGUUGAAUAUUCACUCAGUGUAGAAACACUCCACCAGUUCCUGCCAAUGGGAUUCGCUAUUAGAGGAUUAAACUGUGGUAUGUGGUAUUUCACAUCCCAAAAUCCCCAGAUACCAAUUCCUGAUACCUUCAAAAAUGUUCAUAAAGUGAAAAAUUCGACUUUUAUUUUUUUACAUUACCACCCUGUACCUCAGAGACGAAGCAAUUCAGACUUAGGCAAGCUGUUUCGAAUCGGCAUACUCAGAUUUCACGAAAAAUUUUUGCCAAGGUUUGGUACAGACUUUUCAGGGACACCCUGUAUUACGUAUCUUGUUGGAAGCCAAAAUGUUAGAUGUAGUGUCUGCAGCUGUUGCGAGACUCGUUUUCUGGAUAAUGUUUCAAGAAAAUGACGUACGUCAUUUGUCAGUGUCAUUUGUCGUCAGCCGUCAAUGUCAAGACUUGGUGCCCCAGCCUUCAGCUGUCAAUAUUGUUUUUUUAGGAUCAUGAAGAUAUUACUAAGAAUCCUUUGAAUCCUAGGAAUUUCGAUCCCUAAAAUAAAAUUGUUCAUUCAACAUUCAUCAAUAAAAAUUCUGCAUCUUAUAAAUAUGCUGCCAAAUUCUCUUAAGGAAUAAUAUAAAAUAUACCUGUAGCAGUAGCGUUUGAUUAAACUACGAUUGCAGAACACAAACUACCAGCUACUAGGAGAGGAUUUGAAGUAAUCCAUAAUGGCAGAUUUCAUCGAAUCUGAAGCUGAAGAAAGCAGUGAAGAGGAAGACUUGGAACCUCGAGAGCGCAAGAAAGCAAAAAAAGUCAAAGCUGUUGAUAGUUCAGAGGAGGAAGAGGAAGAUGAUGAAGAACGUAUUCGUGAAGAACUUAAAGACUUGAUUGACGAUAAUCCAAUUGAUGAAAGCGAUGCAGAAUCGGAUGCCUCAGGAGGAGAAAAGCGAAAAAAAUCGGAUGAUGAAGAUCUGGACGAUCGAUUGGAAGAUGAAGAUUAUGAUUUGCUUGAGGAAAAUUUGGGAGUUAAAGUCGAGAGACGGAAAUUCAAACGUUUGCGACGUUUUGAAGAUGAGGAAAGUGAAGGAGAAGAAGAGCAGGAUCCUGACCAAGAUCGAGAACAGAUCGCUAUGGAUAUUUUCUCAGAGGAUGACGACGAGCGCCGUUCGGAACGCAGCCACCACGCCUCCGCGGCAGCCGCCGACACCGAACUCCUAGGCGGCGAAGAAGAAGAAGAGGGCGAGUACUCUGACGCCGACGACUUCAUCGUCGACGACGAUGGUCGCCCCAUCGCCGAGAAGAAGAAGCGCAAGCGGCCGAUCUUCGCCGACGCGGCUCUCCAGGAGGCGCAGGAGAUGUUCGGCGUGGACUUUGAUUAUGACGAGUUCAGUAAGUACGAUCAGGAGGAUUACGAGGAGGACGAGGAGGAGGAGGAAGAGGACGAGUACGAGGAGGACGAGGAGGGGGGCAGGAGAAGAGAACCAAAGAAGACAGCUAGAAAAAAACCAACGAAAAAGUCUAUCUUUGAAGUAUAUGAACCAAGUGAACUUAAGAGGGGUUUCUUUACUGACCUUGAUAAUGAGAUUCGUAAUACUGACAUCCCUGAAAGAAUGCAACUUCGUGAUGUUCCCAUUACUGCUGUUCCUGAUGAUUCCACUGAGUUGGAUGAUGAAGCAGAAUGGAUUUACAAGCAGGCAUUCUGUAAAUCCUCUGUUUCCAAUACGGAGGCACACCUUACUGCUGAAACAAGAGACAAGAUGAAAAAGGGACCUCAAACUAUUGGUAAAAUUAGAAAGGCACUUGAUUUCAUGAGAAAUCAACAACUAGAAGUGCCAUUUAUAGCAUUCUAUAGGAAAGAAUAUGUACAGCCAGAGUUGAAUAUAAAUGAUUUAUGGAAAGUCUACAAGUUUGAUGCAAAAUGGUGCCAACUCAAAACGCGCAAAGAGAACCUAGUCCAACUAUUUGAAAAAAUGAGGUCCUAUCAGCUAGAUGUACUGAUGAAAGAUCCUGAUGCCCCCAUACCUGACAAUAUUCGAGUAAUGACUGACUUGGAUAUAGAAAGAUUAAGAAACGUCCAAACUGCUGAAGAGCUCAAUGAUGUCCACAACCACUUUAUAUUGUAUUAUGCUUCUGAUUUGCCAGCAAUGCAUGCUGCUUGGAGGACCAAAGAAAAGGAGAGAAGAAAGCAUGAGAAGAGGCAAGCUAGACUUAGAUUGAUAGCCGAAAGUGAAGAAGGUGCAGAGAUUCCAGAAGAAGUAGAAGAAAUAGAAGAUGAUGAUCCAGAACCAGAAACUCUCAAGUAUGCUAAUAGGUCUGGAAGCUAUUCUCUUUGUUCCAAAGCAGGCUUAGAUCCACUGGCAAAGAAAUUUGGGCUUACUCCAGAACAUUUUGCAGAGAAUUUAAGAGACAACUACCAGAGAAAUGAGGUUGAUCAGGAACAUGUUGAACCUACUGAAGCAGCAAGAGAAUUCAUUUCGCCGAAAUUCCAAACAGUUGAAGAAGUUUUGCAAGCUGCAAAGUAUAUGGUUGCUUUACAGAUAGCUCGUGAACCUUUAGUGCGAAAAUGUGUCAGGGAGGUAUUUUUUGAGAGAGCUAAAAUGAAUGUUUAUCCCACCAAGAAGGGUCUUAAAGUCAUUGACGAGACACAUAACUGUUACAGUAUGAAAUAUGUGAAGAACAAGCCAGUGCGAGAUUUGACUGGUGAUCAAUUUUUGAAAUUAUGUUUAGCUGAAGAAGAACUACUUUUAACUAUAACAAUUAAUGAGACAAUUGAAGGUAAUACAACUGCUUCUUACAUUGAUGAAGUCAAACAACUUUAUAUUAAGGACGAAUUCAGUAAAAACGUCCAAGACUGGAACGCUUUGAGAAUGGAAUGUGUAGAACGUGCUCUUAGCAAGAGCGUUUUUCCUGAUUUGAAGUCGGAAUUGAAGAGGAUACUACUAGCAGAAGCCAAAGAGUUUGUACUAAAGACAUGUUGUAGGAAAUUAUAUAACUGGAUAAAAAUUGCCCCCUAUACAAUAACGUUUCCCGAAGAAGAUGAAGAUGACUGGGACACUACAAAAGGGGUUAGAUCUAUGGGUCUUGCAUAUGUUCCUGAUUAUACAGUGUCAGCUUUUGCUUGUAUAUCUGCACCCGAUGGUGAAAUAACGGACUAUUUGAGGUUACCUCACGUGCUUAAAAGGAAAAACAGUUUUAGAGAAGAAGAGAAAAUGUUGAAGGAGGCAGAUCUUCAGGCGGUGAAAAAUUUUAUAUAUACUAAAAAACCACAUGUGAUCGCCAUCGGAGGCGAAUCACGAGAAGCUCUCAUGAUUGCUGAAGAUAUUCGAGGUGUCAUCAAUGAAUUGGUCGAGUCUGAUCAAUUUCCGCAAAUCAAAGUUGAAAUCAUUGACAACGAAUUAUCCAAAGUUUAUGCAAAUUCAAACAAGGGGCAAACUGAUUACCGUGAUUAUCCUGAACUUCUGAGGCAGGCUGUAUCUCUAGCAAGGAAGAUGCAGGAUCCUCUUGUUGAAUAUUCACAACUGUGUAAUGGUGAUGAGGAAAUUCUGAGUUUACGGUUUCAUCCACUUCAGGGUCAAUUGUCCAAGGAAGAACUCCUAGAAGCCGUUUGUCUCGAAUUCGUCAACCGAACUAACGAAGUUGGUGUCGACAUUAACCUGGCCGUCCAGCAGGCGCAUAAAUCCAACCUUGUGCAAUUCAUCUGCGGCCUCGGACCACGUAAGGGCCAGGCUCUGCUCAAGGUGUUGAAGCAGACGAAUCAGAGGCUGGAGAAUAGAACUCAACUUGUGACGGCAUGUCAUAUGGGUCCGAAAGUCUUCAUCAACUGCUCCGGUUUCAUUAAGAUCGAUACAAAUAGUCUGGGAGACAGUACUGAAGCAUACGUUGAGAUAUUGGAUGGUUCUCGAGUACACCCAGAAACAUACGAAUGGGCCAGGAAAAUGGCUGUAGACGCUCUGGAAUAUGAUGACGAUGAAGGAGCAAAUCCGGCUGGGGCCCUGGAAGAGAUACUCGACGCUCCAGAGCGGCUCAAAGAUUUAGAUCUUGAUGCAUUUGCUGAGGAAUUGGAGCGACAAGGAUUUGGAAAUAAAAGCAUCACCUUGUAUGACAUCAGAGCCGAACUUAACUGUAGGUAUAAAGAUUUGAGACAGCCUUUCCACUCUGCAAAUCCUGAAGAACUAUUCGACAUGCUCACAAAGGAAACUCCUGAAACAUUUUAUAUUGGCAAAAUGGUUCAAGCAUCAGUCUUUGGUAUUGCACGUAGGAAACCAAAGCCAGAUCAGCUUGAUCAGGCGAAUCCUGUUCGUAAUGACGAAAGCGGUCUGUGGCAGUGUCCAUUUUGCUUGAAAAAUGACUUCCCUGAACUGUCAGAUGUAUGGAACCACUUUGAUGCUGGAUCAUGCCCAGGUCAAGCUACUGGCGUAAAGUUACGCCUUGACAAUGGAAUCUUAGGUUAUAUUUAUAUCAAGAACAUUAGUGAUAAACCAGUAUCGAAUCCAGAGGAAAGAGUGGGAAUAGGCCAAAUAAUUCACUGUAGAAUAUUGAAAAUUGAUGUAGAAAGGUUCAGUGUUGAUUGUACGUCAAAAUCGAGUGAUCUUCUGGAUAAAAACCAUGAAUGGAGGCCACCAAGAGAUCCAUAUUAUGACCAAGAACGUGAAGACAAAGACCUUCGGACUGAAGCAGAAAAGAAACAAGACAAACAACGUAAAACUUACAUCAAACGGGUUAUUGUUCAUCCUGCCUUUCACAAUAUAUCAUACGCGGAAGCGGAAAAGUGCAUGGCCAAUAUGGAUCAAGGUGAGGUCAUCGUGAGGCCUUCAAGCAAGGGUGCUGAACAUCUGACGAUUACGUGGAAAGUUGCUGACGGGAUUUAUCAGCACAUUGAUAUAAAGGAAGAGGGAAAAGCGAACGCGUUUUCUUUGGGGAAGUCUUUAUUGAUUGGAAGUGAAGAAUUCGAAGAUCUAGAUGAAAUAAUAGCUAGACAUGUUACCCCAAUGGCAUCGCACGCCAGGGAUUUGCUCUACUUCAGAUAUUAUAAAGACUUCGAGGGUAAUCACAAAGAAAAGGCUGAUGAGUUCUUGAAAGACGAGAAGAAGAAAAACGCUUCCAAAAUCCACUAUGUUAUUAGUGCUGCAAAGAACAUUCCAGGCAAAUUUUUGCUGUCAUAUCUUCCAAGAAACAAAGUGAGGCAUGAAUACAUAACUGUCACGCCAGAAGGUUACCGAUUUAGGCAGCAGAUGUUCGAUUCUGUCGCUUCCGUAAUGAAGUGGUUCAAAGAACAUUUCAGGGAGCCCCCACCUGGUGGAGUGACACCCGGUACACCAAGGUUAUCUUCUGGUCGGACUCCUUAUGCUGGUACACCUUCAUUCAAUAUGAACACAGAAGCUAUUCAAAGGGUUGCUCAAAAUCUUCCAAGUCAUAUGAUGCAGACAUUAUCAGCUGUAGCAAAUCAAACUCCUCAUUAUCCACACACUCCAGGUGGAGCUUAUGGGGCUGCAAACUAUAUAAAUACGCCGUACACCCCGAGUGGCCAAACGCCCUACAUGACCCCCUACCAGACGCCGCGCUACGGCCAGCAAACCCCCUCGCAGCAGCAGCAGCACCUGCCAGGGGCGGCGCACGGGGCGAACGGCGUGUUCUUGCACCCCGGUGCCGUCACGCCGGCGCAGCGCACGCCCAGCUACCGCACCAACGCGCCGACGCAGUCGCCGGUCGUGUCGCAGAGCCCGGUGCCCAGUCCGGGGUCGCAGAGCUCCUACAGCAGCAGUCUGACCCACCAGAGCAGGUCGGCUGGGUAUGGUGGCGAGCCGAUCAGGUUCCAGCCAUCUGAGUCCCCGCGAAGUUAUGCCAGCGGUAGAGGAUCGUUUGGAGAUCGCUCAAAUUAUGGAGCCGCUGCUAGUGAGACAAUGGACUGGCAGAAGGCUGCUGAAGCAUGGGCUGCCAGAUCUAAAGGCACUCCCAGAAGUGAAAGUCGCAAUACUCCACGAUCUAUGGGCCAGAGAACUCCAAGAUAUAAUGAAAACGAUGAGAGGAUGAGAAUGAAGAAUAUCGGCAAAAGUCCGAGGUCGGUGAGAUCCACUCCACGUACUAAUACUUCCCCUCAUUCGAUGUCGUUAGGAGAUGCAACACCAUUAUAUGAUGAAAGCAUAUAAGAAAGGCAGGUCACAUACGAAGUGAUAUCGAGACUUACUUUUACGAAUUGAAUAAUAAGUAAAAGGAGUUUAUUUUUUUAUUCAAUAAUUUUCAUAUUUUUCAUUUUUUCUCCUUAUCAAAUCAAGUUGAAUAAAACAACCCCUGUUUCAUAAGCUUACCAUGGUGUUUUUAUGUAACUUAUGAAAUAGAAACAACUACUUCAUUGUAUUGAAAAUAUUAUUUAUGAAAUGCAAUAUAUUUUGUAUUGUGUUUGUCGAUUUGUUGUUACGUAAAAAACUCUGUACAGUGUGCUCAUUCUUGAGCAAUAAAUUUUAUUGUCAAUUCCUAAUGUCACCCUUUUUAUUGCUUCAUGACUAUUUGUGUCUUUUUUUUGUAAUUGAUGACUGAGGAAUAUAAUAAUGGUUUC